AUGGUUGCAUCAGUCAAGCUUAGUGAAAUUGUGAAACGAAAGCGGGAUCUUGAUGAAGAUGACUCCGAUAUUGAUAUUAGCAGCACUGACUCUGAGAAUGAGUCUCAAAACAGCGACGACGAGGAUCAGGAGAUAGUUAACAUAGAUUUUGACUUCUUCAAUGGUAAUAAAAACGUGGAUUUUCAUGCUUUUAAAAACCUACUGCGCCAGUUAUUUGGACCUCAGGAAUCGAACAGAAUUCAGCUGAGUGCCUUGGCGGAUUUGAUGCUAGAUUCGCCUACCACGACAAUCAAGACAGAUGGGCAGGAGUCCGACCCUUAUUGUUUCUUGUCCUUAAUAGACUAUAAGGAAAAUAAGGCGUGCGACUAUGCAAAGUACCUUCACAAAACUGAUGAGAGGCUUUCGCAGUUUCUCAAAAGUUCAGAAUCAACCAACAAGAAAUGUGCUUUGGUGCUGAGUGAGCGGUUGAUUAAUAUGCCUCCUGAGGUAAUUUCUCCACUAUAUCGUAUCACACUAGAUGACGUUUCGAACACCCUUGGAGGAGGCUCUCACUACGACUACUACAUCAUUGUCAGCAGAAAGUUUGAAGUGAAUACAGACAUGGACGAUGACAAAAAAUCGGUUUCUAGGAAAAGGGUCAAAACGACCGAAGUAGACUACUUCCAUGAGGAAGACAAAUUUUUUGAAGGCAAUGCCAAACUUCACUUCGAAUCUGAGAGCAGGAAAGGUGUAAUUUCCUCUUACAUUAUUAUCGAUCACGAUGGUCUGAAGAAAUCUAUUGAUAGUUUUGAAAAAGAGGUAGCUACUUGGUAA